UUAUAAUUGUUCAUUCAAAAAUAUCCAAUUUUGUCAUAUUCUCAGACUUCCCCCCUUUAGGUAUUUCCUUUUAUAGAUAGAAGGGUUUGUUUAUUUCCAUUUAUAGGAUUUUCUUACAAAUUUUAUCUGGUUUUUUUUUUCUGGAAGGGAUUUUUUCCCCAUUUAUAGACAUACUCUCUCUCCACAUCUCAGUCUAGUUCAGUGCUCAAAUGGAGGGCAGAUAUAAUAUUACUCCAGAAAGUGGAAAAAUGGUGAGGCAAAGGAUAGAGAUAAAGAAGAUCGACAACGUGACGGCGAGACAGGUGACGUUCUCGAAGAGGAGAAGAGGGCUUUUCAAGAAGGCUAAAGAGCUCUCAACACUUUGUGAUGCUGAGAUUGCUCUUAUUGUUUUCUCCUCCACUGGCAGGCUUUUUGAUUACUCCAGCUCUAGUAUGGGGCAGGUAAUUGAAAGGCAUAAUAACCAAACAGAGAAUCUUGUCCAACUAAACCAACCAUCUUUGGAGCUGCAGCUUGACAACAGUACAUCUGCCAUCGCGAUCAAGGAAGUUGAAGAGAAAACUCUUGAACUGAGGCGACUUAGGGGAGAAGAGCUCCAUGGGCUUAGUUUAGAAGAGUUAAAGAAACUUGAAAAAGCACUCGAAGGAGGUAUAAGCCGCGUCUUAAAGACAAAGAGUGAGAUGUUUGAGAAAGAAAUUGCCGCCCUUAAGAGAAAGGAAGCCAGAUUGAUGGAAGUCAACGAGUGGUUGAAACAGCAUGCGAGGAUGCAAAUGGGGAGUGAUAUAGGUCAAACACAUGAACAAGGCCAGUCUUCAGAUCAGUCCAUUACCACCACCACCAACAACGGCAGCUCAGCCGCGGCUCCUCCUCCUCAAGAUUAUGACAGCUCCGACACUUUCCUCAAGUUGGGCCUGCCUAUUCCAAGAUGAAUUCGAGAGGGGCAUAUGCAUAAUCAAGGCAUGGCAAGCAAUGUAUGUUGCACCAUUGUUUCUAAAUUAAGUAGGCGGCGCGCCUAUGAUUUAGAUUCAGAUCCAAUCCUCUCUCUUCACUUAUGUAAAUUCAUAUGGACAUGGCCGAUUUUUGUAUGUACGUGAAAUUAGGGUUGGGAGAUCAUAAGCCGAGCCUAGUGUUUGCA